AAGGUCGGCAAGAAGUCGGUAUCACGUGCUCCCCUAAGACCAUCCUAUCUCCAAAACAAGUUGGUUCUUAGCCCUCCACCCCAGCCCUCUCCACCGACUCCUGAGACAGUCAAAGUUUCCACAAUAUCACAAUUGAAGCUGCAAACUCCACCCCAUCAACAGGACCAACCGGAUGAGCAUCCCACCCCGCCGACCGUCAUACCUUCAAAAACGGUCCCGACAGCAACUCAGUCGCCCGUGCAUCGGGUACUCCGGCCUACUACCAAAAUUGACUCUCCCUUCAUCGAAAGUGACGUACCGACCGUUUGGAAGCGCGGACGCAGAGGGCCUGAACGGCACCACGACAUCUUUCAAUACUCCCGCGGUCAAAAGCAUCACAAGAAGCAGGCGAAGACAACCUGCUGUUGGCUUGGAGAUGUCGACAGAGGGACAAAGACCACGUAUGUCGACAAGGCGAAGAAGGAACACCUCCAAAAUCCAGGACUCCAAAACCCAGUCUUCAGUUGA